CCCCUUCCGCUGCGGAGCGGUCUUUGCCUGAGCCCCGAGCCCCGAACCCCGCUCUCUCUGAGCUGCUCCGGCUCCCCUUCCGUUGCGGAGCGCUCGUUGCCCGAGCCCCGCGCCCCUCCCGUUGCGGGGCGCUCGUUGCCCGAGCCCCGCGCCCCUUCCGUUGCGGAGCGCUCGUUGCCCGAGCCCCGCGCCCCUUCCGUUGCGGAGCGCUCGUUGCCUGAGCCCCGCGUUCUCCUCGCCGCUUCUGCGCUGCUCCCGCUGCCCGAGCACCAUGGCCACUGUCAAGGACCAGCUGAUCAGCCCCAUUGCGGAGGAAGCCAAGGUCCCCAACAACAAGAUCACGGUUGUGGGGGUUGGCAUGGUUGGGAUGGCCGCUGCUGUCAGCGUCCUUGGAAAGGGUCUUUGUGAUGAGCUUGCUCUGGUUGAUGUUAUGGAAGACAGACUAAAAGGAGAAAUGAUGGACCUGCAGCAUGGGAGUGUGUUCCUUCACACUCACAAGAUCGUGGCAGACAAAGACUAUGCUGUCACUGCCAACUCCAGGAUCGUGGUGCUGACUGCAGGAGUCCGUCAGCAGGAGGGAGAGAGUCGCCUCAACCUCUUGCAGAGGAAUGUGGCUGUCUUCAAAAACAUCGUCCCUCACGUCGUCAAGUACAGCCCCAACUGCAUCAUCCUGGUGGUUUCCAACCCAGUGGAUAUAAUGACCUAUAUCACAUGGAAGCUGAGUGGGCUGCCAAAACACCGUGUGAUUGGAAGUGGCUGCAAUCUGGACACGGCCAGAUUCCGUUAUCUGAUGUCCGAGAGACUUGGGAUCCAUCCAAGCAGCUGCCAUGGCUGGAUCUUGGGAGAGCACGGUGAUUCCAGUGUGGCUGUUUGGAGUGGAAUGAAUGUGGCAGGAGUUUCCCUCCAGCAGCUGAACCCUGCCAUGGGAACUGACAAGGAUCCUGAGAACUGGAAGGAGGUCCACAAGCAAGUGGUUGCAAGUGCCUACGAGGUGAUCAAACUAAAGGGAUACACAAACUGGGCUAUUGGCUUCAGUGUGGCUGACCUCUGUGAGACCAUCCUGAAGAACCUGCACCGGGUUCAUUCAGUUGCUACUCUGGUGAAGGGCAUGUAUGGCAUUCAGCAUGAGGUCUUCUUGAGCCUUCCUUCUGUCCUAAGUGCCUCUGGCCUGACGUGUGUCAUCAACCAAAAGCUGAAGGACGAUGAGGUGACCCAGCUGAGGAAGAGUGCGGACACACUGUGGGACGUCCAGAAGGAUGUCAAGGAUCUGUAACUCCUGAAUGUUAGGUUCCAGCAAUGUUGUAGAAAAACAGCAUGUUGUUUGCGGAUGGGGGUUCUACUCACUGUGUAUCUCAAUGGUCUACAUGAAAUGUUCUUCCAGACUUUUGUCCAUGGUAGCUAAGCUUAUGCUUGCUGUAACGCACAACUUUGCAAACAAAUAAAGCGAUUUUCAGGCGU